AUGUCUCUGCAGGAAUUAGUCGACGAGGUGAACACCAUGAUGAGGGAAUGCAAGAGCAGCAACUAUGCGCGACUCGCUGGCAUCGACCGUCACCGCAGAGAUGGCGAUAAAAGGUGCCCGAACGAUCGUCCGUUUGUAUGCUACGUCUUCGACGAGCUCCACCAGGAAUAUCCUGCAUGGCUAAAGCAACGUGGCGAUGACAGUGACGAGGACCAGUUGAAGUGCGGGCCUUGUACGGUCAAGAAGUCACAACCAUGCCAGGAUCCCCUGCCCUUGUCCUCCAAUUUGGUCCUGGGCAGAAGGCCUAGGGUCGAUAACUGCCACCCAAAAUUCUGCACAUCCGCUGACAAGGAGAAUCCACAACUGCAGCACGGACUUCGGGUGAAGCGUCAGGGUUCUUCACUUCCAUCAGUAUCCUAUCCACGAUGCAUCAAGACUGACGGACUGCCGGAAGAUCAGAAAGCGAUCGUGCAAACCGACGGACUGCUCGACUGCGAGAAGAACCCUUUCUACACGGAAUUGGGCCUCGAAUCGCUCACCGUCGCCAAAUUGCAGCUUUGCAGUGCCGUCGAUCCGGAUAAGAUAGACCGUGAUUUACCCAUGGUCGUCGCCUGCAGCGUCAACGGGUUGAUGGUCAUCGCAAUAGCCCUCGCCUGGUAUAUUCGAUUCGGUCGGCCGGAAAAGGAUGAUGAUGAUGAUGAUGAUGAAGAGAUGGAUUCGCACUCACGCAAGCACGACUCGUCCAAGAAGAAAACGGGCGACGACGACGAUGCG